AUGUCUACGCUAUCAGCCCUUUACGGCCUGCACAGUGUCAUCCGCGGCCGGUUCUGUGUGACUCUGCCGAUCCCGGCCCCCAGCUCAGAACUCGCAAGCCAGACAUUCAUCGUCACUGGCGCCAACAGCGGCCUCGGCUAUGAAUCAUGUCUACAGCUCGCACGUAUCGGCGCCGGUAGGCUCAUCCUCGCUGUCCGCACCCUGUCCAAGGGCGAGGAGGCCAAGCAGAAGAUCCUGGCCACCACGACCUCCAACAACUGGCGCUCGGCGUCGAGCCCAAUCGACAUCCAGGUAUGGCAGCUCGACAUGGACAGCUUCGUUUCAAUCAAGGCCUUUGCGGGCCGCUGCGCGACAGAGCUUGACCGCAUCGAUGGUGUCCUCGCCAAUGCGGGCAUCAUGACAGCCAAGCUCGACAGCACCGAGAAGUUUGAAAAGACGCUGCAGGUCAACGUCCUCGGCACGCUAUACCUCUACCUCCUCCUUCUGCCCGCGAUGAGGGCCUCCGCGGCCCGCACGGGCGUGGCUUGCAGGUUCACAAUCCCCAACAGCGCGCUGCACUACUCGGCGUCCACCGCGGAGAUUCUUGCCGGGCUCAAGGACGGGGAUGAUGCAGCAGCGGGACGCGAGGCAGCCCGCAAGAGCAGCAAGACACCAAUCAUUGACCGCCUCAACGAUCCGGAGAAGGCAGACAUGGCUGCACGUUAUCCGCUGAGCAAGUUGCUCAUCCUCUAUGCCGUGCGGGAGCUCUCUAGCCGCAGCAACAGCAACAGCAGCAGUAGCAGUAGCACGACCAAGUCCGGCAACGUCAUUCUAAACACCCCGAACCCGAGUUUCUGCAAGUCGGACCUGGCACGCGAGAGCGCCGGAAGCAAGGGCUUUCAAGCCUUUGAGCGGGUCAUGGCGCGCACCGCCGAGGAAGGAAGCCGCACGCUCGUGCAUGGGCUGCUUGGUGGGCCGGAGACGGACGGGCAGUACCUGGCUGACUGUCGCGUUGAGGUGCCUGCUAAAUUUGUCACCAACCAGUGGGGGCAGAUGGUGCAGAAGAAGUUUGUCGACGAGCUGCUCGUCAGGCUGGAGAGGGUUGACCCUGGUAUUUCAUCGAAUAUCUGA